CUCUACAAAUAAUAUAAGGGAAAAACAACAUAUGCAGUAACCUUUCGUCAUUGUUUAUAAAUAUAUCAAUGGACAUGCCUGUUAAAAUGAACUUAUUAAAAAGCAAACUUGUUGUGUAUGAAUUCUACCUGGUUUAUUUAAUCAAGGCUAUACUUCUCCAUCAAGUACGAAGCGCAGUAGUAGAGAAAGUGACUGGAGUAGUUGGUAUGAAAGUAGCCGUCCCUUGUAACAUUACACCUCCCAAUGCAAAUGACGACGUCUCAUUAGUGCUGUGGUAUAGAGGAGAUACUUCCAAUCCACUCUACAGCUUCGACGCUCGAAGAGGCAAUACGAAUUUGGGAAGACAUUCCCCAACAGACAACCUCUCGGAUCGUGCCAUGUUCAGCGUUAUUGACAGACCAGCUGUUUUGAUAUUGGAUCCUGUUUUGGCAGGGGAUGCAGGGACCUACAAAUGUCGUGUUGAUUUUCGUGUUGCAAGAACAAGAUACUCGGAAGCUGAACUGUCUGUUAUCAUUCCUCCAAACAAACCAAUAGUGACUGAUGUAAAUGGAAAAAUGCUGGAGAGUCUUGUGGGACCAUACAAUGAGGGACAAAAUUUGACAUUCCUGUGUAAGACUGACGGAGGUAAACCCUUGCCUUCUGUGUCUUGGUGGAGAGAGUCGGUGCUCCUGGAUAAUACGUUUGAGGUCAUUACAAAAGAUAUAGUACAAAACACCAUCGUGAUUCCGAAGUUGGAACGUCAGCACUUAAUGGCAACUUUCUCCUGCCAAGCACUGAACAACAAUCAGUCUUUACCCCGGACAUCGACCGUUACAGUGGAUAUGAAUUGUGUCCCAGAAACAUUACAUAACUGCACUGUCACAAACCAGACUGACUCUUCCUUCCGUAUAGAGUGUAUGGAAGGCUACGACGGAGGCAUGAAACAACAUUUUGUUAUGGAAGUUCACGAUACCACGCACAAUGUAAUCCGAGCAAACCUUACGUACAAAUCACCGGUGUUUCAAGCAACCGGGCUUCCUUCUGGGGUUCAUUUUGUGGCAGUUCUAUAUGGAGUGAACAAAAAAGGCAGAGGAGAAGCAGUUAUUCUUCGACCUGGAACCUUGAAAGUUCCUGAAACUCUUACUCAUAUAGAUACCCAUUGGAAGGCUACGCUCAACCCUUUACUUAUCAUCCUCAGCGGCAUAGUUGGUGGUCUUGUCUUUGUGGCUUUAUUAAUCGUAUGUGUGAUAAAGUAUCGUAGCAGAAAUGGAAAUAAGCAAAGAAAGAACCGAAAUGAGAGAAAGGAAAAAGACAAGUAUGAUGAGCCAGAUGAAAAUUUAGAAGAAUUGGCCACAAGAAAAAAAUGUCCAGAUAUCAUACCGGGAGUUGUGGUUAAAGGAAAUCGUUUAAGAAGUUCAAAAAGUUCAAACACCUACGAUGACUUGAAAGAAGAUUAUGACUUCGCAACUGAGAAUUUAUGGACAGCAAAUACACAUUUAUCGGAAAGUCAACGAUUUGAAAUGGCAACGUUACCAACACAGUCAUGUCUAAAACAAGACAAGGAAGGAUAUAUCGUACCACAAAGAUGCUGUUCUUCAUUUCACCCAGAGGAAAGGGGUGUUCGCGUCCUCCCAACUCCAUCAGUUCAUACGUUUAUCUAUGACACUGGCCAAUCUGAUAUUCUUCUGUUCUCUCCUCGACAAACGGACGUCUAAGUGCUUCCGUCCAAGGCUAUAGCUGAAAAUCCACCAUUAUGUGGUAUUAUUGUUAUUCUAUCCACAUAAGGACGUACUUACAUGAGAUCAUCUACAGAGCGUAAAGCUAAACCAAUGUUAUUUGAUCUAAGGCUGGUGGUCUGAGGCUUAAAAUUAUGGAGCGUUAAUGCAUAUCAUGUAAUAAAUAAAUACAAGAAGCUGAUUACUCGAACACUUUACGUAGGAGAAACAAAAACAUUACAACUAUAUCUGCUUGUGCAA